GGCGGCGCCGGCAGCGCGGGGAGGAGCGGCGCUCGCGGAGUGGGGCCCGAAGCCGCGGCCGCCAUGGACUGAGCGCCGCCCGCCCGCGGACAUGGGGCCGCCGCUCGCGCUCCUGCUGCUGCUGCUGCUGCUGCCGCCGCCGCCGCACGCCGCGCCCGCGCCCCGCGCCCGGCCGCUCCCGGGGCUGCUCGGCUGCUUGUUUGAGGAUGGCCUCUGCAGACCAUCGCAGACCUGUGUGAACGACGGAGUGUUUGGAAGGUGCCAGGAGGUUCCCGUGAUAGACGUAUACCGCUAUGAGGUGUCGCCGGGGGUUCUGCAGCACCUGGCAGCCACCUUGCGGAAGCUUUCCCGCGCAGGCCUCACAUGGCAGGAUGACUACACGCAGCACGUGAUGGCCCAGGAACUCACAGACCUUCCCAGAACCUACCUGCGGCUCCCUGAAGCUCCCAGCCCAGCCAGGGCAUCACAGCCAAGUGCUGAUGGCGGGAGGAAGCACAGUCUGGAGGAAGACACUGCACUGGCUGCGGCCGUGCGGCACUACCUGCCAUAUCUGCAGGCCCUGUCCCAGGCCACCGCCCCGGACGUGCUCCCCAGGACAAAGCACAACAGGCCGCCAGCUCAGGUUGAAGACCCCCUCGCUGUGAGCAUGCUGACCUACAUGGCCCAAACGUCAGCUCUGACCUUCGCCCCUGCGCCCCGGGUGGAUUACCCCAGGGUCCGCCCACUGCGGACCCUCGGCCGGCUGCAGCCUGACCAGCUCAGCCCUAAGGUGGACAGCGGCACGGACAGGCAGAAUCUGGUCGCCGCGCUGGGUGCCUACGCAGCUCGGAAGUCCCUCGUGCCCCCCAGGGAGAGCGAGCUGGAGCCACACAACCUUCUGCAUGCACCUUGGAGAGCAGCCAGGGUUCUUCCAGUGCCAGCAGCCCCCCAGACGUGGCCUUCACCUCCUGGAGACCCCAAGGUCCCCCUCAGAGCAGGCAGUGAAGCAUUUAUUCACAAUCUCCUGAAAGACCUGAGGACGCACCAGGUGGAUGUGGACAGUCUGAGCCCCCUGGAUCUUGACAAGAUGGCCCACGUGAUCACAGGCGUGGUGCAAGGUGUGGGUGCAGACAAGGAGCAGGAAGGUGCUGGGAGAGGGGCCGGAGCCACAUGGAGGGGGCAGGCCGACAGCUCGGAAGCUGCACUCUAUGGAGACAUUCCCGGUAACAGAGCACAAGACAAGGACAGUAGAGUUUACAAAGAGGUCCGUCAUUUGAGCUUCAAGCCUGGGGACCUCCUGCAGGAUCCUGGGACUCGAUUCUUGCCUGGAGCACCCCAUCUUGCAGAGUCCUUUAAAACAGAGAUCAGGAAAUCAGAGGCACCCCGGACCUCAGAGGAGGAGAAUGCUGGCGUGGAAAACGUGAAGAGCCAGACCUACUCCCGAGAGCAUUUGGAACUCGGGGCGGAUGGGCCCACGGAGCUUCACCCCUGGGGUCCAGGGCCCUCGCAGGAGCCCCGGGACCUCGGGGCGGGUGCCCAGGGGCACCCUGGGGAAGGCCAGCAGCUGGCACUCAAGUCUUCCGAGGAGGAGGAGGAGCACGGCUACAUCGUGACGGAGACCGACCCCCUGAGCCCGGGACAGGGCGAGGAGCUGGUGGAGGACAUUGCCCGUCUCCUCGCUGUGCCGAUGAGAGACUUCGCAGACAUCCAGGUCCUGGGACCAGCGGUGACCUUCAAAGUGAGCACCAAUGUCCAAAAUGUGACAGCAGCGGACGUCUCGAAGGUAGCAGCUGACAACAGGGACAGACUGGAAAAAAUGUCUGGACUGAAAAUUCUUCAAACUGGAACCGGGCUGAAAAGCAAACUCAAGCUUUCGCCUCAUCAGGCCGAGCAAGAGGACUCCACCAAGUUCAUCGUGCUCACCCUGAUCUCCGUCAUCGCCAUCGUGGGGGUCCUCCUGGCCUCCGGGGUCGCCUACUGCCUGCGCCACACCUCUCAGUCCAGAAUGAAGGAGAAGCUCUCAGGACUUCGGGGCGGCCUAGGCCCAGAUCCCACCGCCGCCUACCAGGAGCUGUGCCGGCAGCACAUGGCCACACGUGCCCCCGACCACCCCGAGGCCCUGCACACAUCCCGCGUCAGCAGCGUCUCAUCCCAGUUCAGUGACGGGCCAGCGCCCAGCCCCUCUGCCCGGAGCAGCACCUCGUCCUGGUCGGAGGAGCCUGCACAGCCCAACAUGGACAUCUCCACCGGCCACAUGGUCCUGUCCUACAUGGAGGACCAUCUGAAGAACAAGAACCGACUGCAGGAGGAGUGGGAGGCGUUAUGUGCAUACCAGGCAGAGCCCAGCAGCUCGCUCGUGGCCCAGAGGGAGGAGAACGUGGCCAAGAACCGCUGCCCAGAAGUGCUGACCUACGACCACUCCAGGAUCCUGCUGAAGUCUGAAAACAGCCACAGCAGCUCAGACUACAUCAACGCCAGCCCCAUCAUGGAUCACGACCCCAGGAGCCCUGCGUACAUCGCCACCCAAGGGCCGCUGCCUGCCACCGUGGCUGACUUCUGGCAGAUGGUGUGGGAGAGUGGCUGCGUGGUGAUCGUCAUGCUGACACCCCUGUCGGAGAAUGGUGUCCGGCAGUGCCACCACUACUGGCCGGACGAAGGCUCCAUCCUCUACCACAUCUACGAGGUGAAUCUGGUCUCCGAGCACAUCUGGUGUGAGGAUUUCCUCGUAAGAAGCUUCUACCUGAAGAACAUGCGCACCAGCGAGACGCGCACCGUGACCCAGUUCCACUUCCUGAGCUGGUAUGACCGGGGCGUGCCCUCCUCCACGAGGUCCCUCCUGGACUUCCGCAGAAAAGUAAACAAGUGCUACAGGGGCCGUUCUUGUCCAAUAAUUGUUCACUGCAGUGACGGUGCGGGCAGGAGCGGCACAUACGUCCUGAUCGACAUGGUCCUCAAUAAGAUGGCCAAAGGCGCUAAAGAGAUCGACAUUGCCGCGACGCUGGAGCACCUGAGGGACCAGAGACCCGGCAUGGUCCAGACAAAGGACCAGUUCCAGUUUGCGCUGACGGCGGUGGCCGAAGAGGUGAACGCCAUCCUCAGGGCCCUCCCGCAGUGAGGCGCAGCCCGGGCCCGGCGGGCGCUUCCGGGGACCAGGACCUCGUCAUGCACCUUCUGGUGUCACUGUCUGGUUAUGGGGUCCUUAGUACUCAUAGUCAGCACAGUUUAGCAGUUAAAAUGUGUAUUUUUGUUCAACCAAAUAAUGAUGAGGUUUGGGGGAGCACCCAGUUACAGGGGGUAGUCAAUUCAUCUAUUUUCACUUUCUUGAGAGAAAGUUAGCUUUCCUUAAAGCACAUCCACAUUUUUAAUGGUAAACAGUGUCACACUAAUGACGCAGUAAUCGGUGCGUUCCGUGUGGCCUCCAAGAAGAGCUGGCUUGUGACUGAGGAUGACCCCCUGCCCCGGCAGGAGACCCGGGCAGUAGGUGAGGCCACCAGGCAGCUUCCAGCAGGAGAAACGAGGCUUGUUCUGCAGUUAGAUCGGCAGAAGUGUUAACAUCCUGCAGCUUUGGGGCCAAUAGUAAGAUCGUCAGGCGUCUCCCUUCUGUUCCUGUCCGGGCACUGCCGACGGCCCGUCUCCACCCCCACCCCCUGGGAUAGGCAGGGGCCUCUGGAGCAAACGCCUCUCCAUCCCGGAGGGCCCACCUCCCAGGCCGCCACCCCGGGAAGCUGCACUUGGCAGCCAACACUGAGACAUGUUUUUAACUUUAAAACACGGGUUUACACCUUCGAAAACAGGUGCAGUUAAUGCGUGCUUCCCUGAAGAGCGACAAAUCAGGGAGCACAACCCUGGCAAGUAAAAAGCUCCGAGGGGCCUGGGGAGCGCGCCACUUCCCACUAGUGUCUGUGGGCCCCCUCGGGGAGGCCCUGGCCCUGCUGGCGCCCAGAGCAGGCCACAGUGCUUCCACCCUGUUCCCAGAAAGGAGGAGGCGAGGGGCGUCCACACGGGCGGCUGUGGGAUCGCAGCAACUGGGAAAAGCAGUGCAGGGUUGCCCAGCCCCUCCCAGACGUCAGAGUCCUGGUCGCCUAGGCCGCCUGGCUGACAUCACACAGACGCAGGCGUCUAGGGCAGCUUUCGGUUUGCCAAAGUAACACAUACAUCAGAUCUGCCAUCGGCCCCAGAGACAGAGCGAUUCCAAGCGGGCCUGCGGGCGGCUCUCAGUGCCGCAGGCCCCAUUUCAGGGGGGCACAAAACGCCUCUGCACCCUGUUGCUCUGCGCGCCACCAUCUCCGUCUAAGUAGAUGCUCAUCUCAAAAACCAGCAGCUGGAGAAAGUGGCCUGGCGGGUGGGGAGAAAUGCCAAAAUAUUGUUUAUGUCUCUAAAUGGUAUUGUCGUGUACAUCUGCUUUAAUAUGUCUGUGAUUUCUUUCCCAGAGCUAUUUCUCUAUCUGGAAUCUAAAUAAUUAAUAGAAACUAAUUUAUCUGAAUAUAAGAAGCAUAUACCUAACUAUAAUUUCUAACUUAUGUAUCAAAAGAAAUCCUCCAGUGUGAGAUAAAUAUAUUUAAUUGUGCCAGAUUAAACUUCUGAUUUCA